ACGGAUUCUACCUUUCACAUUCAUUUUGUUUCUCUUUCGAUCCGUGCCUUCUACGGAGAAAAUUCUCCCGCACUCCCCUUUAUGUUUAUAGUCGUAAUUUCAUGUGUUGCCAUCCACCUUGCAUCCGGACUAAAGAAGUUGAUGUGGCGCCCCUGAAUCCCUCACACGACCUCAGCUCUUGCCGUCGUACGGUUCCAGACUUCCAGGUGAAGCGAAGUUGUUAUAGUCAUGCCUCCACUGCCCUUGCAUCUCGCUUAGACUUAGGAAAUCCAGAAACUGGAUCCUCAAAGGUCACGCAGUCCAAAGCUGUUCUUCCAUUCGAUUUCCAGCUAGAAAUUUGUCAGCCCUCACGCCAGGAGUUCCAUAUUGGAGAAGUCUCUCUUGCCUUCGUUUCACUUCAGCGACACCAUGGCCCUUAAUCAACGACUCCAACAAAAUAAGCGAUGAAGUUGCUUCCCCUCCCGCACGAUCCUUUGAAUUUCUUUCGUCUACACCACGACUGUGGAAUUAUUUCGUCUUCAUCGCUGCUCUUCUCUCACGCGUGCAAGGAAUACGUGCCUGACACCAAUUCGGAAAACAGAAAUAAACGACCAAGCCCUACUUUUCAACAAGCAACCCAUCCCUUCCAGGCAGCAAAUUAAUGUACCCCAGUUCUUGAGCUUGAUCACAAACACACCAGAGCUUUGGUGUUAUGUGCUCAAACCAAAGUCACUCUCAAUGAGUAUCACCCAACACUUUUUAUGUUAGUAGGUUCAUAGAUUUGAAUCCAUCAUCAGAAGUAUAUCAUAACAUUCAUGCUCGCUUAAAGACACAGCUGGUAAUCUUCAAAAACUGAAUUUAUCAAAAGUUCUGUGUGUUUCAUUAGUAGUUUUGAAUGGUUUUUGUAUCUGCCCAUUUGAUUUUAAUAUGAAAAGGGAUUGCCUGGCUUGCCACCGUGUUCAUCCUUCCUUAGACUCUUGCUUCAGUAAGUUGAUGGUUGUUAUGUUAUUUUAAAAGGCUUUCUUAUUUGUUUUUAUUUGUGAAUUUAAUUUCUAUUUUUUCCCGAAUAUUUUUUAUAUUCUAAAAGCUUGGAAUUAAAGUGUUACUGCCCUUAUUUUUUAUUUGAAUCAAUAAGCUCUUGAGUAAUAUGUAUUAAUAGCAUAAAUAAAGAAAAUUAGUUCUAUCUCUCAAACAUAUAUAAUGUCACUUUUUAAAAGAUAGCAAUUCCUUUUGCAAAUAAUGUUUCUCACCAGUCCCGUUACGGUCUCCUUAAGUUUCAUAUAUUCAUUUCUUAUAUGAAACAUUAGAACUUUCUAUUUUUCCUUGAUUUUGGGAUGUCAAAUAAGGCUUUUUCUUAUAUUCAUUUCAACUACCUGAAGUUUCAUCUGACAAAUAUCACUACAUAGUAUGUAUACAUAAUCAUUCUAUUUUUUCUUGAUUUUGGGAUGUCAAUCGGGACCUUAAAACAUGUUUAACUCCUAACUUUUGUCUAAUGAAUGAUAAUAUCAUAUAUUCCGAAUACGUUAAUGUCAAAAGGUAAUGUGAAAAGAUUGAAACGGAGAAUGACACUAUUGUGAAACAAUCUGUUUAUGUUAUUACUUUUCAAUCUAAUAAAAAGUUUAUUUGAAUCCCCCACCCCAUGAAAUACAGGGGCAUAAUGAAAUGGUCAUUGAAGGUUGGAGGAACAAUAAUGUGACCAAGUAUUAAAAAGUAGGAAAUGUAUCGGGAUUUAAGGGUCUUAUCAUUGAUUAAGAAAGAUCACCUUUUCCCUUGCAAGAAGUUAUUGUAGAGAAGUUUUUUUUGUUUUACUAGAAACAAUUGAACAAUUGGAACUCACAAGUCACACUUAUUGGAUCUGUAAUUGAAGUCUCUUUAUUUUGUUGACAUUUCAUAGCAAAUACUCUACAUGGAUAGAUGUUGACAUUUCUUAAACAAUGUGGAUUUUCUAGAGUAUAAUUAUUAAUUAUUAGUCAUGC